AUGGACGUGUUGGCUAGUUAUAGUAUAUUCCAGGAGCUACAACUUGUCCACGACACCGGCUACUUCUCAGCUUUGCCAUCCCUGGAGGAGACCUGGCAGCAGACAUGCCUUGAAUUGGAACGCUACCUGCAGACAGAGCCCAGGAGGAUCUCGGAGACCUUCGGUGAGGACUUGGACUGUUUCCUCCGCGCUUCUCCUCCCCCGUGCAUCGAGGAGAGCUUCCGGCGCUUAGACCCCCUGCUGCUCCCCGUGGAAGCGACCAUCUGCGAGAAGAGCUCGGCCGUGGACAUUCUGCUCUCUCGGGACAAGUUGCUAUCUGAGACCUGCCUCAGCCUCCAGCCGACCAGCUCUUCUCUAGACAGCUACACAGCCGUCAACCAGGCCCAGCUCAACGCAGUGACCUCAUUAACGCCCCCAUCGUCCCCUGAGCUCAGCCGCCAUCUGGUGAAAACCUCACAGACUCUCUCAGCCGUGGAUGGCACAGUGACGUUGAAACUGGUGGCCAAGAAGGCUGCGCUCGGCUCCGUCAAGGUGGGAGGGGUGGCAACGGCGGCGGCAGCCGUGGCGGCAGCUGGGACAGUUAAGAGUGGACAGAGCGAGAGUGAUCAAGGAGGGGUAGGGGCCGAGGCGUGCCCCGAAAACAAGAAGAGGGUUCAUCGCUGUCAGUUUAACGGGUGCCGGAAGGUUUAUACAAAAAGCUCCCACUUAAAGGCCCACCAGAGGACUCACACAGGUGAGAAGCCUUAUAAGUGCUCGUGGGAAGGGUGUGAGUGGCGUUUUGCACGAAGCGAUGAACUUACGAGGCACUACAGGAAACACACAGGUGCAAAGCCCUUUAAAUGCAACCACUGCGACAGGUGUUUUUCCAGGUCUGACCAUCUUGCCCUCCAUAUGAAGAGACAUAUCUAA